AUGAGAGUUUGUGUAAUUGGCACGGGAGCAAGCGGAUUGCCUGCCAUCAAAGAAUGUCGCACAGCUGGCUUGGAAGUGAUAGCCUAUGAACGCACUAAUGAUAUUGGAGGCUUGUGGAAUUAUCGACCCGAGUUAAUAGAGGGAGGUACAGUGAUGAAGUCGACAGUAAUGAAUACAUCGAAAGAAAUGACAGCCUACUCUGACUUUCCACCACCGUCUAAUUUUUGCAAUUUUAUGCAUCAUUCAAAAGUUUUUGAGUAUUUGAAAGAUUAUGCUAAUGUGAAUAAGUUAUACCAACACAUUUGUUUUAAUACCACAGUCCAGCAGGUUUCACGGAAGGAUAAUUUUUGGGAAGUAAAGACAAAUAACGGUGAUAAGAAGCUAUUUGAUUAUGUAAUGAUAUGCACCGGACAUCACAGUCUUCCGCAGUAUCCUCAGAUACCUGGAAGUGAGAAAUUUAAAGGACGCAUCCUUCACUCUCAUAAAUAUCGUGAUUACCAAGGAUUUGAAGAAAAAAAUAUUUUUAUCGUUGGAAUUGGUAAUUCAGCUCUUGACAUUGCUGCAGAAUUAUCUGGAGUUGCCAAGACGGUCACAAUUUCUACCCGUCGUGGCUCAUGGAUUUUCAAUCGUGUAAGCCAAGGAGGUAUUCCUAAUGAUCUGAAGAUGAUGACCCGUUUAUACAGUUAUUUGAUGGAUAAAUUACCGUGGACAGUUGCUAACGAUUUCAUGGAGCAUCGCUUACAGCUACGACUGGAUCAUGAUCUCUAUGGACUUCGCCCAAACCAUCGGUUUCUGCAACAACAUCCUACUAUCAACGAUGAUUUGCCCAAUCUUCUUUGUAGCGGACGAAUCGUUAUUACAGAAGAUAUCGAAUUAAUCCAAGAGACGACUGUUCAAGUCAAAGGAGGACGUCAAUUCCCAGCUGACGUCAUCAUUUUUGCGACUGGUUAUACCUUUGGUUUUCCAUUUCUGUAUCCGAAAUUUAUUAUACCACUAAAGGAUCAUGAAGUGGAACUAUACAAAUAUGUUUUUCCACUGAAAUAUCCUUCCUUAGCGGUUAUUGGUUUGAUUCAACCUAUCGGAAGUAUUUUGCCAAUUUCGGAAAUGCAAUCUCGAUGGGUUGCUGCUGUAUUUAAAGGUCAAAUUAGUCUACCUCCUCAUACAGAAAUGGAGGCUGAUAUUAAACUUAAACGAGCUCAAAAUAAGAGAAGAUAUUUCAAAAGUAAGAAACACACUCUUCAAGUGGAUUAUAUUAAAUAUAUGGACGAAAUUGCUGAACAAAUAGGUUGUAAGCCUAGUUUAAAGAAGUACAUGUUCACAGAGCCUAGUUUUUGUCUUCGAUUGCUUAUUAGUGCUAAUGCACCAUAUGUCUACCGACUUGAUGGGCCUGGAUCUUGGGAAAAGGCCAAGGAAGCACUGAUAAGCCUUCCUCAGCGUGUCAAACUUCCACUGAAGAAUAGAGAAUGUGACAUGAAAAGAUAUAAAAAGCACGGAAAAAUUGAUGAGUAUUUCCGAUAUAUAUCCAUGAAAUGGCUUGCUGGAUGGACAUGUGUGGUACUUUUCACCGGAAUUUGGGUAUUCUGCUUAGGUUCCCGUAAUCUCACUACAUUCGCAUAUACCGUGAAUGUUGUCAUCUUCUUCGUAUUUUUUUCAUUCAUUUUAUUAUGGUUCGAUUUACAAUACGACAUGUCCACGAUUUUUUGA